GAACGUCUGAAACGAAGGUGGCGCGGCCGGGACAAACCUGACCCUUCGACAGUCCCAGCCCCACGCCCGCCCUCGCUAGGAGGGGAGGAGCGACGGCCACAAUGGAUCCUCCAGCAGGCUUUGUGCGCGCUCGGAAUCCAGCUGUCGCCGCCCCGCAGAGCCCCCUGUCCCCGGAGGGCGCUCAUUUCCGGGCCGCCCACCACGCGCGUAGCACCGGCUAGCCGCUGUCCCGGCAGAGCCUCCAGCCGUCGCGCCCGCUCGUGGCCACCUGGCUCCAGUCACUCCCCGAAAUGCCAGUCGACUUCACUGGGUACUGGAAGAUGCUGGCCAACGAGAAUUUCGAGGAGUACCUGCGCGCGCUCGACGUCAACGUUGCCUUGCGCAAAAUAGCCAACUUGCUGAAGCCAGACAAAGAGAUCGUGCAGGACGGUGACCAUAUGAUCAUCCGCACGCUGAGCACUUUUAGGAACUACAUCAUGGACUUCCAGGUUGGGAAGGAGUUUGAGGAGGAUCUGACAGGCAUUGAUGACCGCAAGUGCAUGACAACGGUAAGCUGGGACGGAGACAAGCUCCAGUGCGUGCAGAAGGGCGAGAAGGAGGGGCGUGGCUGGACCCAGUGGAUUGAGGGUGACGAGCUGCAUCUGGAGAUGAGAGUGGAGGGUGUGGUCUGCAAGCAAGUAUUCAAGAAGGUGCAGUGAGGCCCAGGAAAACAACUUUGUCCCAGGGAAUGAGCAGUGUGGAUGUGUGGGCCAGGAUCUCCCUCUUUGCACAGCAUGAGGCAAAUGUCCAGCCACCCCCAGGCAUCUGUUAGCAGAAUCUGUCUCUUGCCUUUGUCUCUUUUCCUUUUCUUAAAACGAAGCCAUGCCAAUAAAGUGAUCUCUGUUCAAGACUUC